UGGAGGUGGAGUUGAUGGUGGAAUGGAAUCUAGAAUUUUAGUGUAAGUGUAUGGAAAUUGGCAAUUUUAGAGGAGUUGGGUUAAGAGUAUGGGAGAGAUGAGCUGUAGGAGAGGGAUUGUUGGUCAGAUGGAGAUUUAAGAAGGUUUUUAAGAGAAGACAAUACAUGCAAGGAGUAAGGCAGCGGACUUGAAGAGAGUUAAGAGUGUAUAUUUUAGUAUCUAUUCAGCAGAAAUAGGACUGAGGUUAUCGAUUAUUGAACGUCUUAGUAUCAGGAAUUUCUAGUAGAGUUGCUUGUGAAGGAGGUAUUAGGCUUUACUCAAAUAACUCAUUGAGUGGUAAAUUUAUGAGAAAGUUAAGGAAGGAUAAGUUAGAGGAUAUUGGGAAUAUUACUUUGUGUGGGGUUCAAAGGAGAAAUAAAAAUGAUCAUAAUCUUUUGGAUAAGGUAUUUCCGGAUAGAGUAAAUCGGUUCUGAAUUGCAGCUCGAUUUUUGGCAUUUCCAAAUAUUUCUGUUUAUUUUAAAUGAAUGGACAGAUUGAGUUUUAAAGUUUUAUGAGAAAUGUGAUUUUAUCAAUUCUUUAUUAAUAAAUUCCAGCUAAAAAGAUUGAUAUCUUCUUUUAAACAUGUGUGAUUUCUUGAAAUGCAGGCUUGUAAGUUGUCAGUUCCAAAAGUUCCAGAUUUCUCGAAAGCUUUGGAGAAUACUAAAAUUCAAGAAUUAAGUUUAUUUGAAUCUGGAUCAGUUUAUGCGAGUGAUUGGGCAAAUAACUUCAAUCAAUUUGAAAAUUUGAUCAAAGGAUUUUCUACCUCUCCAGAUCUCAGAAUAAGCCUUAAACAGUUAGAUAUUGAAAAUUGCUGAUUAAAAUCAGAUGAAACUUUGAGUAUCCUCAAAGAAAACAGAUUUGAUCAAAUUCUAAUAAUACUUGAUUAA